AUGGACAGUCAGUCCAUUAUCACCCAGGUUAGCAAGGAAGAGGUGAACACCCCUCUGCAGGAGAAAGGUGCUCACAGCCCAUCGCCGUCCAAGAAGCCCCGGAACCGCAGCAUCUUCCAGUCCCUGUUCUGCUGCCUCUGCCAUGACGCCUCGGACCCCGUCCCGGUCAACAACAACGCGCCACUGCUGGUGGAGGAGAACGGCGUCGUGCCCAAGGCCGCUGUCAAGUACCUGCUGCCCGAGAUCAAAGCCCAGGACGCCAGCAAGCUGUGUGUGGUCAUCGACCUGGACGAGACGCUGGUGCACAGCUCCUUCAAGCCCGUGAACAACGCCGACUUCAUCAUUCCUGUCGAGAUUGAUGGCAUCAUGCACCAGGUGUACGUGCUGAAGCGCCCGUACGUGGACGAGUUCCUGCGGCGCAUGGGCGAGCUCUUCGAGUGCGUGCUCUUCACCGCCAGCCUGGCCAAGUACGCGGAUCCCGUGGCUGACCUGCUGGACAAAUGGGGAGCUUUCCGCGCCCGCCUCUUCCGCGAGUCCUGCGUCUUCCACCGCGGCAACUACGUCAAGGAUCUGAGCCGCCUGGGCCGGGACCUGAGCCGCAUCAUCAUCGUGGACAACUCCCCGGCCUCCUACAUCUUCCACCCCGACAACGCGGUGCCGGUGGCAUCGUGGUUCGAUAACAUGGCCGACACGGAGCUCCUGGACCUGCUGCCUUUCUUUGAGGGACUCAGCAAAGUGGACGACGUUUAUACAGUGCUAAAGCAGCACCGGACUAGCAGCUAG